CAUUCAAAUAGUAAGUCAUGUCAUCUAACAUUGGGGAUGAAGAAUAUUGUCCGAUGGCAGAUGUAGAGGAAGAUGAAUCUUUUACAUGUACUGAAAAAGACGUUCAAUCCAAGAGAAAAAGAACUUCGAUAGUAUGGAAUGACUUCAAAUUAGUAGAAUUUAAUGGAAAAGAGUGGGCGAAAUGCAAACAUUGUGGUGAACGAUUUACUGCACAAAGUAGCAGUGGUACGAGCCACUUGAAACGACAUAGAGAUACAUGUGUCAGAAAACAAAUACUUGAUGGAAAACUAAACACGUUGUCAUUUGGAGUUGGUGAAUCUGGAGCCUCAAAUUUAAGUCUACACAAACUUGAUAUGGACAGUAUAAGAAAAGGUUUGGCUAAGUUGGCAAUAAUGCAUGCACUUCCUUUCAGUAUUGCAGAAUAUGAAUAUCUUAACGAUCUUCUAAAGCUUUUUAAAUCCAAGGUUUGUGCCAAUUUCUAGAAGAACACUUACAAAAGAGGUACAGUCAAUGUUCUUGACUGAAAAAAAGAGAUAUCAAGAACUUGUAAAUAACCAAGUGCAACGGAUAUCAUUGACAUUUGAUAUGUGGUCCUCACAACAGACGUUAGGGUACUUAUGCUUGACAGCCUCUUAUAUUGAUACAGAUUGGCAAUUGCACUCUCACAUACUUAAUUUUAUACAUGUGCCUCCACCACAUAAUGCAAUUUGCAUAUGUGAAUCUGUGUUGGAGUGCAUUACUACUAAGUGGGGUAUUCAUUUGAAGUUGUUUUCUGUCACUGCUGAUAAUUGUUCAACAAAUGAUAGUGGAAUAAGUUUGUUGAGAAGGACCAUAGAAAGGAAAAAUAAUAUUUCAUUUCCAUUGAGAGGGGAGUACUUUCAUAUUCAUUGUGGUGCACAUAUCAUAAAUCUGAUAGUUAGAGAUGGUAUGAAUGAUAUGGACGAUACAAUUUCAAAAGUUCGUGACAGUGUCAAAUAUAUAAGGGGAUCACCAAAACGACUACAUGCUUUCAAAGAAUGUGUAAAGACAAUGGGUUUGGAUGAGAAAAAAGGUUUAAACUAUAAUGUUCCUACUUGAUGGAAUUCUACAUUUAUAAUGUUGAGAGAUGCAUUAUUAUUCAAAGAUGUCUUUCAACAUUUGGCAUCGUGUGAUUCUAGUUAUACAUAUUUGCCUUCUGAGGAUGAGUGGUCUCAUGCAUCAGAUUUAUGUCAGUUCUUAAAGGUCUUCUACGAUGCAACAAAUUUAUUCUCUACCACCAAGCAGGUAACAGCUAAUCUAGUUUUUGAAGAAAUCGUAUCAAUUUACCAUCAUUUGUAUAGGCAUCGUGGAGCAUCAAAUGAACAUAUAAGGGCAUUGGCAUGCAAAAUGCAAGAAAAAUUUGACAAAUACUUUAAGGGCUACAAUAUUCUCUUUGCAAUUGUAGCUAUUAUGGAUCCUAGGUUCAAGUUGUCAUACUUGAAGUAUUUGCUUGGCAAUUUAGAUAAACCUGAUGCAAUAGUGAAAUGUGAAAUUAUAGAGAGCACUCUUCAUGAAUUGUAUGCUGAGUACAGAAAUAUGUAUGAGGAUAGUGACACGUGUAAUAUGGGAAGGGCCAAUGCAUCCACUAGUACCAUGAUUGCAAUGGAAGAAUAUAAAAGUGUGUCUAGAUAUGGGUUUAAAGCAUAUGUCAACUCUGUAUCUCCUGUAGUGGUUCACACUGAUCUAGACAAAUAUUUGCUUGAUCCAAUGGAAGAAAUUUCACCUACUAUAGAGUUCAACAUAUUAUCUUGGUGGAAGGCAAAUGAAAGCAAAUACAAAAUUCUAGCAAGGAUGGCUCGAGAUGUGUUAGCUAUUCUUGUAUCUACAGUUGCUUCAGAAUCUGCAUUCAGUACAUCGAGAAGAAUUAUUAAUGAUUAUCGAUGUUCAACUACUCCCGAAAAUGUAGAGUCAUUAAUAUGCACACAAAGUUGGAUUCGUGAUGCAAGCAACUUGUGUGAAAGUUCUCAUGAUGCAGAGCACCUGGAUAACGAUGAAUGUUAAUCGAGUGCAUGCUUAUUAAUUAUGGU